UUAAUUGAGUAAAUAAAACUUGUCACUGUUUGUUUACCGGUGUCAAUCAAAUGCUACAUAUGAGAGUCCGCUGUUCAGUCGAUCGUGAGACUCUCCGAUGACCACCACGCAAAAGACUUGAAUUCUAUUGGUUGAGAUCAACAUUCGAUAUUUAAAUUUUGACCUAUCAAAAAUUUGAUAAAAUUAUUUAAGGAAAUUUUAAAAUGACUUUAUUUGUUCGUUUGCUCUUAUUGUGUUCGGUAUGUGCUUGCUUGUGCGAGAGUGCGACGAACACUGCAUACCAAUUCUAUAGAAGGGAAACUACUUAUGCUGGCCCUCGUGGAACACAGUCUCGUGGAUCUUCUAGAAUGACACGUACCCAAUAUAUGUGUAUGGUUCUUGGCGUAUGUUCCAGUGCGCUACCUCCAUCUACGGUAGCACAAUCGCAGAAAAAUCCGAGAAUAGUGUUCCAGUGGAACCAGCUGGAAUUCGAUUAUGCAUCUGAAGCUGAAAGAAGCGCUGACAUAGCUGCUGGUUUGUUCACACCAGCAACCAUUGGACCUAUCGAUGUAGAUGUUUACUAUUCACGUAGAGCUCCAAACUUGAACCACGUCUUCAUUUCGAUUCCUAGAUUCGUCGCCGGUAUCCCGGCCACUUUCGGUAUUGUGACCAACAGGAAUUAUUCUGGAAACCCGCUUAUUCGGCCGUAUCCAGAUUGGUCCUGGCACAAGAACCCGGAACAAUGUAAAAGAAACAGAAUCGUAUCAGUUUUCAGAGUUAGGAUUGAUGAAUGUGGACGUCUGUGGGUAUUAGAUACUGGAAAAAUUGGAAGCAAUAUUAUAUGUCGACCACAAAUAUUGGCGUUUGAUGUAGAAACCAAUCAAGUUAUUCAUCGCCACGAACUCGGUACCGAAGUCGUAGGUGCUCAGUACCUCCUUGUAACACCGGCAGUUGACGUACGAGAUCCGAAUUCAGGAUGCCAGGAUACUUUCGUCUACGUAGCCGAUGUUCUGGGAUAUUCCCUUAUAGUAUAUGACGUUUUUCGGGACAGAUCAUGGAGAAUACAGGAUAAGAGCAUGUACCCUUAUCCCAAUUUUGGAACGUACAAUAUUGCUGGUGACAGCUUCGAAUUGAUGGACGGAAUCUUAGGGUUGUCUCUAUCUCCAAAUCGACAAGGAGAAGACCGAGUUCUCUUUUUCCACGCUAUGUCUAGUCCAACUGAAAACUGGGUAUACACAUCCGACAUAAGAAAUUACACGAGAUUUCAAGAUAAUCCAGCAUCAUAUCCAGAGAUAUUCCAUACAUACAAUAACGGUAGAACCACACAAAGCGCUGCUGAAGAUAUUAACAAAGACGGUAUAAUGUUCUUCGGACUACUUGGUGAUGUUACAAUUGCUUGUUGGAGCACGGGUACGGAUUAUGGCACAAAACAGUUUGACAUUGUCGCCAACAAUCCAGUAACAAUGCAGUUUCCUAGUGGAAUAAAGGUAAUUAGAAAUAGUAGAGGCGAAGAAGAACUCUGGAUACUCACGUCCAGAUUCCAGAAAAUAGCUAACGGGUCCUUGAAUACGAAUGAGCCGAAUUUCAGGAUACAGGCAGUUAUGAUCGAUGAAUUGGUACGAGGCAGCUCAUGCCAAGGCAAGCAUUACUCUCAGAAUCAAAUCGCUGGAGCAAGUAGCGGUUAUGGACUAUCCGGCAAGAGAGGAUAAAGAAAGAGAAUAUUUGAAGAAGGAAGAGAAUAUUUGGUUGGAACAUCCAAAAUUGUUGUAAAGGACCACAAAAAAAAAGGAUUUUGUAAAAAUGUGAAGAAUUUGGUGAAAAAUAGCUAUUAUUUAAAGUAUUUUGUAAAGAACAUGUUUGUAGAAAAAUACAGUAUUAUAUAAUGUUUUGUAAAUAAAUAUUUAGGUCCAAUUUUGAUACCUGACGAUGUAGAAUAAAUCAGUGUAGAGUUUUA